CAGUCCGCGUACGAGCGGCUGAGUCGGCGGAUGCUGGACGUCUCCGGGGACCGGGGCGUGCUGAAGGAUGUCCUCCGCCGGGGUUCUGGAGACCUGGUGACGCCCGACGCCUCGGUGCUAGUGAAAUAUUCUGGAUAUCUGGAGCACGUGGACAAGCCCUUCGAUUCCAAUUGCUUUAGGAAGACUCCUCAGCUAAUGAAACUCGGAAUGGAUAUCACACUCUGGGGCAUGGAGCUGGGCCUUCUGAGCAUGCGGAGAGGAGAGCUGGCCAGGUUUCUGUUCAAACCGACCUAUGCCUAUGGAGCGCUGGGCUGCCCUCCCCGGAUUCCCCCAAAUGCCACUGUCCUGUUCGAGAUUGAGCUGCUUGACUUCCUGGACUCUGCCGAGUCAGACAAGUUUUGUGCCCUCUCAGCUGAGCAGCAAAACCGAUUUCCCCUUCAGAAGGUCCUAAAGGUGGCAGCUACCGAACGGGAGUUUGGCAACUAUCUUUUCCGCCAAAAUCGUUUCUAUGACGCCAAAGUGAGAUAUAAAAAGGCCCUGUUGCUCCUCCACCGGCGAGUAGCACCCCCCGAAGAGCAUCACUUGGUGGAGGCUGCCGAGCUUCUUGUCCUUCUUAACCUGUCCUUGACAUACCUGAAGCUAGACCGGCCCACCAUGGCCCUGCGCUAUGGAGAGCGGGCUUUAAUCAUUGACAAAAAGAAUGCCAAGGCCCUCUUCAGGUGUGGUCAGUCUUGUCUUCUCAUGACUGAGUAUGAGAAAGCCCGGGACUUUCUAGUCCGGGCCCAGAAGGAGCAGCCCUUCAAUCAUGACAUCAAUAAUGAGCUGAAGAAACUGGCCAGCUAUUACAGGGACUACGUGGAUAAAGAGAAAGAAAUGUGUCACCGAAUGUUUGCUCCUUAUGGAGAUGGCUCUACAGUGGGAGAAAAUUGAAG